AUGACAUCUUUUUGUCCUCGCUGCCGGCUGACGCCGCUUUCGCCAUCUUUGCUGCUCGCCCUGCUCCUGUUCGCUAUCGCCAACCUUUACACACCCCUCGCCCCGCUCCGAGCGUUCAUCCCGCCGCCCCUCGCGUGGGCAAGAACCGACCCCCCUGUGCUGCUAGACCCUGUCCCUGCUGGUGAUCCCGUUCCUGGUGGCCGUCCUGCUGCCCCUGUUCCUGCUGUUGCCACCCUUCGUGAGAAGGAGGUUGAGGCCCGAGAGCGUGAGAAUCGGGAUGCUGUGAACAUGGACAAUGAAGGAGAUCGGACUUAG